UUUCAGCCUUUCACCGCCCGACAUACGAGACGCUUCCGCAGUAUUUAUUUAUUUAUCUAUCGUCGUAGACUUUUAUAUUAUUUGUAAGAUGUUGUGCCUGUGCCUUUAUGUGCCUGUCCCGAACUCCGAUCAGAUCGAAGUGGAGUAUUUUGAGUCGAAUGGAUUACCUUCCGAGCUGAAGUCGAUCUUUAAACUCAGUGUCCUUCUGGCGUCCCAGGAAUUCUCCACCUAUCAGAAAUGGAGAAAGAAAGCAUUGAAAACUGAAGAGAAAGACCUUGAUGGGCAACUAGACUUUGAAGAGUUUGUUCACUACCUCCAAGACCACGAGAAAGAUCUGAAGCUCGUCUUCAAAAGCCUGGAUAGGAAAAAUGCAGGUCAUUUGAAUGUUGCAGACAUCGUGAGUUCACUUCGAGAUCUUGGCGUCCACAUUUCCCAGCAGCAGGCAGAGAGAGUCCUUGAAAGCAUGGACAAGAAUGGCACAAUGACCUUUGACUGGAAUGAAUGGAAGCAGAGUCCUUCACAACAGCCUGCCGAGAACAUACCAGAAAUCAUCCUGUACUGGAAACACUCGACAAUCUUCGAUGUGGGUGAGAACCUCAUUGUUCCAGAUGAGUUCACCACAGAGGAGCACUUGACUGGAAUGUGGUGGAGACACCUGGUUGCUGGUGGAGGUGCUGGAGUCGUUUCUCGAACCUUCACCGCCCCACUCGAUCGACUCAAAGUCCUCAUGCAGGUGCACGGUUCCCAUAGCAACAACAUGUGUAUUGUGAACGGGCUCACACAGAUGAUCAAAGAAGGAGGGAUGCGGUCUUUAUGGAGAGGCAAUGGUAUCAACAUCAUUAAAAUCGCCCCUGAAUCAGCCCUCAAGUUCAUGGCUUAUGAACAGAUCAAACGUCUGAUGGGCAGCAAUCGGGAAACUCUUGGGAUUGCAGAGCGUUUUGUAGCGGGUUCCCUGGCAGGAGUCAUCGCGCAGAGCACCAUCUACCCCAUGGAGGUUCUCAAAACUCGCCUGGCGUUAAGAAAGACGGGCCAGUACAAAGGGAUCUCCGACUGUGCCAGACGGAUCCUGCGGGUAGAGGGGGUCUCGGCCUUCUACAAAGGCUACGUUCCCAACAUGUUGGGCAUCAUUCCGUACGCUGGCAUUGAUCUGGCGGUCUAUGAGACAUUAAAGAACAACUGGCUUGAGCGUUACGGUACGGACAGUCCAGAUCCUGGCGUGUUUGUGCUUCUGGCCUGUGGUACAGUCUCCAGCACGUGCGGUCAGCUCGCCAGCUAUCCUCUUGCUCUCAUACGGACACGCAUCCAGGCACAAGCCGUGGUUGAGGGUGUGUCGCAGGUCUCCAUGACGGGGCUGUUCAAACAGAUCAUAAAGACAGAGGGGCCGACGGGUCUCUACCGGGGUCUGACUGCAAACUUCCUCAAGGUCAUCCCUGCUGUCAGCAUCAGCUAUGUCAUCUACGAGCACAUCAAGUCGACGUUAGGAGUGCAGUCAAGAUGAGGAACCUAUGAAAAUCUAAAGGGACUAGAGGCGCAAAUCUUUGGGUUUUGAACCUUCAGGUGUGGAACCCAACUCAUUCUGUGAAUGUGAGAAAGUGAAGGAGCUGUUUAUUAACAUGCACAAGUGAAAGUAUUUUACCAGGGGAACGGGAAGAAUCCUCCCUUAAAUUAUUUAUUUAUUAAUUGUUCUACAUCGUUAGAAAAGAGCCACUGUGUUCAAGUUUGAAUGUUUGGAAGCUGAAAUCAGGGACCAACUGCACGCGCACGUGUGUGUGUGUGUGUGAGCACCGAUGAUGUGCCGCUCUUUGGUUUGGCAGGUGCAGAUGUGUCCAACACUACAAACAACCGUCAAUAUUUUACUGCAAAAUCUUGACAUGUAAUGCUGAACUUGCACUACCCAGGAAAAACGCUGCUGUACUUUGACUGAAGUAAAAUAAUUAUAUAGAACAACCAGAUAUUUAUGUUGUGGCAUCUGGUGAAGUGUUUCUUGGCACUUUUCAAGAGCACAUCUUAAUUGAAACCAGUAUUUCCCAUCCGUUUAUCAGGAUUUUACUUCUAUGAAACUCGGUUCUUUAUAUUUUUAUGAAACUGCACACAUUGAAGUUCUUAGCUUUGCCUUAAUGUAAAAUAAUGUCUGGUUGAUUUGGAGAAUUAAUGCACUUUGUCUUAGUCGAUGUUGAAUGGAAGCUUUUAAGUGAUGACUGUAAACGUGUAACGUUCUUUAAUGGGUGUGAAUGUUCUGUAAUUGACCAAAUGUUCAGCUAAUAAAUGCACAUAAUAUGCUCACUUGCAGUAUUGCUUGGGUUAAGGGCUUUCAAGUACACUAAUUAAAAUACAUGGAGGUUUGUGUUUAAGAGGUCAUGAUGUGAUUUAGAUUGUGAAAGCUGCUUUGAGACGGAUGUUCUCAGGAAUGGAGUGAUUUGAGUAUGUCAGUUUUGUUGUAACAACAGUCUUGUUUUAGAUUUCAAAACGUAAAUGAUUUAUUUUUUCAAUAAAAAAUGUAAUAUUAA